AUGGGGGACAAUAAUAGUGUGCACAGCAAGGCCGAAUCGGAUGCACACCAUCGCCGAGGAUAUCAGGCCUGUGAUCCAUGUCGAAAACGCAAGGUCAAGUGUGACCUAGGGACGACUCGUCGAAAGCGCAAGACCUCCGGUGCUGAAGAUGAUGAAGUGGAGGCAGCGGCGAUCCUCCAUCGCGACAAGCGAAUGAUGAUUGGGGAGGUAGCCAAGAAUGAGCCUUUGGAAAGCCCAGUGGAAGGCCCGCUAUUUGCGCCUUCCGAUCCACCCCAGUUUGACCAUGAUGCCGUGCGUGCCCAACAGAGAUGGUCCGAGGCACCCCCUGCGCCUGCACCUACAGCCCAGCGGUACACGCCCAGUGCGCCAGUAUCACGAGCUCCUGCAUACCCAGUUAGCGAACGCCCCGCACCUAGCUAUGCAGGUCCUCCGAUGAUGAAUCGCACUGCCGUGGAGUUGCUGUCGCCUGCAAUUACAAAUACCCACGACGCUUUACAUCUUCUCUCUGAAGCUGCGGGUAGGACAGAGGAUCUCAACCGCCAGAGUCUCGAGAAUCGGUUUGCUGCACGGCAGUCUGUCUCGUCUUUCAACUCAGGCCCUUCACCUCUACCACAAGGCAGCUCGCCUCGAAGCUUGGGUGGGUCCUUUGUGCGGACUCCACGAUCGGGAAUGUCUAUGGGUGGGUCUACAUACUACCCGGCUGGUGCUUCGGGGCCGGUAGAUCCCCAGAUCGCCGACCCUGGCCCUCAAAGGGAAAGCUCAGCCAACACCCAGCCCCCAGAGCCAGCGUAUCUUGAUGCACUCAGAGCCUGGUCGCGGUUGCGAUUCGUUCGUGCCGGCUGGCUUACAGUAGAGGAGGGCAUGGAUUAUGUCGAGUAUUACUAUGAACACCUCGCGCCGAUGAGCCCUGUUGUAAUCCCUGAUUUCUCUCAUCCAUCUACGCACCGUACAUUACUUACGGAUGAGCCGGUGUUGGCGGUUACAAUCCUCACCAUCGCGUCUAGGCAUCUGAAACCCAAGGGCGAUGGUGCUAAUACGCGAGCGUUCUAUAUCCACGACCGUCUUUGGGCAUAUCUGCGCAGCAUGAUAGAGCGCCUAUUCUGGGGUCAAGAGAAAUUCGAUCCUGGGACAUCGGGCAUUGGCCGACCUCGAUCACUUGACUUGAGUUCAUCAAUGUCAGGCAAAGGUAGUGCGGGUGGGCAACUGAGGUCGUUGGGCACUGUAGAAGCCAUGCUACUUCUCACAGAGUGGCACCCGCGAAACCUGCACUUCCCGCCUGGCGAUGAUGAAAAUUCUCUUUUGGAUACAGACCCCCAGACACAUAGUCGGGACCAUGACGGCGAGCAUACUAGCAAAGGCUCAGAGGGAAGGGUCGCGUUUCAGAAAUGGCUGGAACCAGCUUGGAGAUCGGACCGGAUGUCAUGGAUGCUACUGAGUACGGCCCAAGCUCUGGCUUUUGAACUUGGCGUCUUCGACCCUAAAGGAGAUAUCAAGACGGCCAAUGAGUCUCUAUCUGAGCAAACACGGAAACGUCGACUACGGCGUUUAAUUCUUGUAUUUAUCACGCACAGCAGUGGACGUCUAGGGAUCCCUUCUAUGCUCCCAUUGCCGCAAUGGGGGCAGGAUAUCACGCCGACAUCUACUGAUGCAAAUGAUGCUGAUGCCAAUCUUGAUCGGAUGCAGGAUUGCUGGAUCAGCAUCUCAAAAAUUGUCUAUCAAGCCAAUCAUUUGCUAUUUGCUUCUAGCGAUCAAACGAUGGAGUUGAUCAGGACUGGGAGAUAUCGUGAGAAGAUCGACCGCUUCCAACCAUAUCUACGGGAGUUCCAGCAGCAGCUGGACAGUGUUACUCUCUCACCCGCUAUGCGGAGUGUUUUACUGAUUGAGCUCGAGUACACCCGUCUCUAUAUCAAUUCUCUCGCUCUACAAGCGGUCGUCGAUCGAUGGACUACUAUGUCCAAUGAGUCCGCUCAGGGUCAAAACCAGGCUCAGAAUGGCCAACCAGGAUCGGGCCCGUCUAAUAGCAGUCAAAGCUGGUUCCAAACGUUGAACGAGCUCUACCGUGUUAAUGAGCACUAUAUCCAAGAAGUCAUCGAUUCCUCGCGCAAAAUUCUGCAGACAGUAUUGGAAGGCCUCGUCCCCGAAGGUCGUCUCAGACAUGCACCCAUUCGAACGUUUUUCCGAAUCUUGUCUGGAAUGAUCUUUAUCUUGAAGACUUUCACACUGGGUGCCAGAGAAGAUGAUGUGCGAGUCUCCCUCGACCUGCAGGACCGGACGGUGGAGGCACUGCGCAAUUAUGUCGUGGAUGACGUGCACCUUAGCAACACGGUGGCCCGGCUUCUCGAGCUUCUCACUAGCAGCAUCCGAACGCGCUUUCUGCGCUUUGCACCGCAUGACCGGGGCGCAGACGGAGAGGGACACGAUCGGACCUCCGUCCCAGGCUCUCGGCCCCAUUCACCUUCACGGGAGCACUCAACAGCUCGGCGUGACGGCCCGAAUGCUCCCUGGUCCGCUAAUCAGGGUCAUGAUACUACUCCAGGCGGGCCGGGGCUAGGAUAUGCGGAUACUCCUGGCGCGGGGGCCCACUCGAUGGGAUCAGGGCAUGAUCCACUGGCGAAUAUUCCUGCACAGCCGAUCAACUCGUCCAACCUCAAUGUAUCCUUCAUGCCACCUCCGCCGUCUGUGUACCACAAUUACUACGACUCGAACUCGACAUUCUCUACCAAUGAUAUGGACAGGUCAUCUCCAAACCAUGUCGCCUCAUCACAGAGCAUGGGCGAUAGCCACCACCACUCUACCUCCGGCGCUCUUCCAGAUUGGUUUGCUCUGCCUCUUGAUCAAUUCUUCAACAGCUCCACCGCAGUUGUUGACCAGGGUCUGGGUGGGACUGGACCAAUGCUUGGCGAAUUCGACAUGCUCGAGGUACUUCUCAACGAGGGGUAUGAUGGAAACGCUAAUGGCGAUGGCGAAAAUGGGGCCGGGUUAUCGUCCCAGUAUCUGUGA